AUGUCGACCGACGAUCUCAGCGCCCAUCUGGCCGACUCUGGCGUCACCAUGCGGUCGGACAGCGAGCAGUACUCCCCAGGCAACGAAGUAUCGUCACCAUCGUCAUCAAACUCGCCGGUCAUUCUGUACAAUCCUCCGACAGCCUGGACGCUGAUACGGAGCGCGGCCAUCAACUUGGUGCUGCCAUUUAUCAACGGCAUGAUGCUGGGAUUUGGAGAGCUGUUUGCUCAUGAAUUCGCGUUCAGACUAGGAUGGGGCGGCACAAAGGUCUUCCCUCUGUCUCGGAGACGAGCUCAUGCCAUUGGCCCCGGCAUUGAAGUCCGAGAGCGACGAGAGCGACCCGGACCUUCACUAGAGGAUAUUGCAAGCUUGGAAUAA